AUGAAGUUCACCACUAUCUCUGCCGUACUCACCCUCGCUCCAUCUGUUCUCGCAGAUUGGCAUUUCGCAAAGGGCAAGGAGAUCAAGUAUACUUCUGUCGAAGGUUUCUUCAAGCAAGAUGAUCUUGCCACCGAUCCCACCACGUUUGACUAUGCUGAUUGGAACUUUGGUCUCUUGAACCGCACAUACCCUACAGACCCCAAGAACCCACGCAAAGGCUACAAGACGCAAUGGGAGCGCUUCGAGCAAUAUGUCAAGCAUCUCAACCGUAAUGCCAGUCGCGACAGAACCCGAUACAAGGUUCUAGUCAUGGGCCGACACGGUGAGGGCUAUCAUAACGCUGCCGAGGCUUACUACGGAAAGGCAGCCUGGAACUGUUACUGGGGUCCUCUCCCUGGCAACGGUACAUCGGUCUGGGAAGAUGCCCUCCUCACUCCCGCUGGCGUUGCUGAGUCUCACAAAGCAAAUGCUUACUUCAAGUCACGCUUCGAAGACGAGGGUAUGCCGUUUUUCGACAGCUACUAUGCUUCUCCUCUGGCGCGCUGCGUCCAGACCGCCCAUGAAACCUUCACUGGCAUCAAGUUUCCCAAGGACAAGCCUUUUGUUCCCAUGGUCAAAGAACUUUUGCGCGAGGGUAUUAGCAUCCGCACGUGCGAUCAUCGCAGCAACAAGAAGUACAUCAGCUCUCUGACCCCCAAGAUCAAGUUUGAGAAGGGAUUCAAGGAGCACGACCCAUUCUGGACUGGUGUCAAGGGCGAGACGGACGAGCACCAAUUGGAGCGAAGCAAGGAAGCCCUGGACGACAUUUUCACCAGCGACAGUGCUGCUUGGAUCAGCAUCAGCAGCCACUCUGGCGAGAUUACCAAGCUUCUCCAGGCUUUGAACCAUCGCCCUUUCCGUCUUGCGACUGGUCAGAUUAUUCCCGUUCUUGUCAGGGCUGACGUCGUGGUUGAGGAGCCUACUUCUACGUUUGCUUCUUGGACUGCGGAAGCGACUUGCAAUGCACCUCCUGUGACGAGCGUGUGGCCUGGUGGUUGUGUUUGCUCUAGCACCGCUACGUUGGCUUCUACACCUGCAAAGGCGACUUGA